AACGCGAGCGCGUGCGCGAGGAAAAACAAAAAAUCUUUGGUCCAGGUGGAUCCUUCAACGAAGUAGAUGACCUCCAUUCAGCAAUGUGGUCCUUUGUGAUAGAUGGAUCAGUUUUGGAGUUUGUUCUUCUGUGGUCGUGUGGGCUACUACUGCUUUGUAUGUUGUGUCUUUUAAUUUCCCUGCUCGACAACGACAAGGACAGCUACUGUAUUGAUAACUGA